AUGAAGUCACCCUUGCCGGAUUCUGUUGAAUUUAAGGAUGCCGUUCCCCUUAACACGGUCUGUCCGGAGCUGGAAGCCCUCAGAGUUGAAAAUGCUAACCCCGACCUUGUGAUUACCGUCUAUGGCCUGGCCCAAUGCCUUCAGCUUAAUGGACUAAAAGAGUGGUCUCAGUGUUUCAUAAUUGAACGCCUCAAUAUAAACAACAUAGCAGAUAUCUGGUGUUUGGCGAGUGCAGUGGAACAUGAGGUUUUCAAGGCACCAUGCAUGGAACUCAUCAAACGUCACUUUGAGGAAUUCGUCCAGCUGCCAGUGUUUAAGGAGGUGGACUACGAUAACCUUCGCGACCUGAUUCAGAGCAAUGACCUCUGUGUCAGUAAUGAGGAGAAGGUUGUGGAUGCCAUAUCAAAAUGGAUCGAAGCUGGUGCCGAGGCUGGAGGUGAAUGCAAUGAACGCGCGUCAAGACUGGGUGACUUUAUGGCCAUGAUUCGCUGGGGAUACACAUCAAAGGAGUUCCGACUGGCGGUCAUGAGCAACCACAAAUUUAUAAGCAGCAGUGUUCAAUGUCUGUAA